ACAACAGCGAGUACAUGAGGAAUGGAGACUUCUUACCCACGCGCCUGCAAGCCCAGCAGGACGCCGUCAACAUCGUGUGCCACUCGAAAACCCGCAGCAACCCCGAGAACAACGUGGGGCUCAUCACCUUGGCCAACAACUGUGAAGUGCUGACCACGCUCACUCCAGACACGGGCCGGAUCCUCUCCAAGCUGCACACGGUGCAACCCAAAGGGAAAAUCACCUUCUGCACAGGGAUCAGAGUCGCUCACCUGGCGUUGAAGCAUCGCCAAGGCAAGAACCACAAGAUGCGGAUCAUCGCCUUCGUCGGGAGCCCCGUGGAAGACAACGAGAAAGACCUGGUGAAACUGGCAAAGCGUCUGAAGAAAGAGAAGGUCAACGUUGAUAUCAUCAAUUUUGGAGAAGAG